CUAGUUACGGCCCGACACUUCACUUCUACCAAACUUCAAGGGUGGCUGGCACUGAAGAAAUUCCCACCAUAUGGGAAAUUCUUACAAAUCAUGCCUGAGGUCUUUCUGCAGAUAAGGCUGAUUACUUAAUAUUUGAGCUUGAUAAGCUCCAGCUUCUUCCUCAGCCUUUGGUAAAUAAAAAUCUCCUGGAUACAACUUCAACAUCAACAAUCAAUUCGUCACCAUCACGAUUCAGAAAACAUACAAUGGAUACUUCUGACUCUGUUCCACUUCCUUCAGAUGCCAUACAACCAGUAGCUAUAUUUAAAAAGAGAUCUGCAAAGGGAAAAUCCAAUUUUCGCAAAAGAGCUGCAACGCCACCACCUGUAGACAGCGAUGAUGAUACAUCAGGAUAUUCUUCAUCGGAAGAUGAAAGUGGCCAUCGAAUCAAACGAAGAAAGAAGAACACAGGCGCAAUAACAGCAUCAUCGACGAUUAAUAAUAACUCAUCCAACGCAAAUGAUCUUUCUGCAACAAAAUAUACCGCAUCUCAUAACACCACCAUCCGAGCUUCUGACGACGCUACCAGAGCGAGCAAUUGGUACGAUGAGAAUGCGUCAGAUGCUCUUUCCAGCAAAAAUCUCUUAGGCACCACACGUUCCAAACCUACAAGUGGAGAUGCGCCCGAUGGCACUUAUAAGGGAUUGGCGAAUAGUACCAAAUUUAUACAGAAGAAUCCCGACGCUCCAAAUCGCGUCGUAGGACCUAUCAAAGCACCAACAAAUAUUCGCACAAUCACUGUAACUGAUUUUGCGCCCGAUGUUUGCAAGGAUUACAAAACCACGGGAUUUUGCGGAUUCGGAGAUAAUUGCAAAUAUCUACAUGCGCGUGAAGAUUAUAAGGCAGGUUGGCAACUCGAUAAAGAAUGGGAAAAUGUUACGAAAGGAAAGAAAACGUUAGGAGGGACGAAAAUUGCUAGUGCGGAUCGCAAAGGAGAAGAGGAGGAUGAUGAUGAUGAUGCGCUGUUGGAGAAUAUACCAUUUGCGUGUAUAUUGUGUAGGGAGAAAUACAAGGAUCCGAUUAUUACGAAGUGUGGACAUUAUUUCUGUGAAAGUUGUGCAUUAAAGAGAUAUAGGAAGGAUCCGAGUUGUGCGGCUUGUGGGGCAGGAACAAAUGGUGUUUUUAAUGUGGCAAAGGGGUUGAAGAAGAUAUUGGAAAAGAAGAGGGAGAGAGCGAGGAAGAUUAGGGAAGAAGCUAUUGCGAAUGGGGAGGAGGUUAGUUCGGAAGAGGAAGAAGAGUCAUGAUACCAUAUAUCAUUUUAUCGUUAAGCGGACAGGUUAUGGUUAAUAAAAACCAAAUUAGAGAUAACGAAUGAGCACGAUACGCCUUGUAUGAUGAUAGAACUUACCAUAGAAUCACAAGGACACGUAUAAAAGUCUCAGAAGUAUCUCCAAAUUUCCAAAU